UGAGUGCUUCACUAAUAACAACAUUGAACUGGCUGGAACUUUUUAUUACUCGGGGAAAUUAACUGUGAAGGAAAGAUUUUAGGGAGGUGAACAUUAGUGUAUGAUAUAAGAGAAGUGUCAGGAAGCUAGCAAGAUGGGAGUGCCAAAAUUUUAUAGAUGGACCAGUGAGCGGUACCCUUGUCUUAGUGAGGUUGUCAAGGAAUACCAGAUACCUGAAUUUGACAACUUGUAUUUGGACAUGAAUGGAAUAAUUCACAUUUGUUCACAUCCCAAUGACAAUGAUCCUCAUUUUCGUAUAACAGACGAAAAAAUAUUUAAGGAUAUCUUCCAUUAUAUUGAGGUGCUUUUCCGGUUAAUCCAGCCAAGAGAAGUAUUUUUCAUGGCAGUUGAUGGAGUGGCACCCAGGGCCAAGAUGAACCAGCAACGUGGUCGCAGGUUCCGCUCUGCCAAUGAAGCAGUAGAAUCGGAAAGAAAAGCGAAAGAACGUGGAGAGGUGCUUCCGACAGAAGAGCGUUUUGACUCUAAUUGUAUCACCCCAGGCACAGAAUUUAUGGCACGGUUGGAUGCGCAACUACAAUAUUUUGUUACCAGCAAGAUAUCACAGGAUAGAUUAUGGCAAAACUGCAAAGUCAUCUACUCAGGGCAUCAGACACCAGGCGAGGGGGAACACAAGAUAAUGGAAUUCAUCAGAUAUACUAAAAGUCAGCCAGAAUACAAUCCCAACACUCGUCACUGUCUCUAUGGCCUUGAUGCUGACCUCAUAAUGCUGGGACUAACUUCACAUGAGCCACACUUCUCACUGCUCAGAGAAGAGGUUCGCUUUGGUGGCAAGAAAGAUGGCAACCGUCGUACACCCACUGCUGAAGAAACUACAUUUCAUUUACUUCAUCUAAGUCUAAUGCGGGAAUACAUCAAUUACGAGUUCUUUGAGUUACAUAAUGCUUUAUCAUUUGGUUAUAACUUGGAAAAUAUAAUUGAUGAUUGGGUAUUAAUGGGGUUUCUUGUUGGCAAUGACUUCAUUCCUCAUCUUCCACACCUUCAUAUAAACAGAGAAGGAUUGCCCAUUCUCUACAGGACAUACAAAGAUGUUUUGCCUACCUUGGAUGGUUACUUAAAUGAUGGAGGCAAAUUACAUCUUGGUAGGUUUGAAAAAUUUAUGGCAAAACUUUCAGAGUUUGAUGUUGAACAGUUUCAUGAACAUAAUGCAGAUUUAAAGUACUUUCACAACAAAAGUUUGAAAGAUGGAAAUGCUUUCAAAGUUAAUAAAGGUAAGGGAAAUAAAGAACUGGAAGCAUUCAACUUUGAAGAUGAAGAUGAAGGAGCUUUUGGUGCUCUUGAAGGUCUUGAUGAAGAAGAAACACUAUGUAAAACUUAUGAGAAGCUAGGUUAUGAGCCAGACCCAAUGUUUGAUGAUGAUGAAGACUUAGAAAGUGACAGUGAAGAUGCUAUAUUUAAUACAGAGUUUCGCCAACAUAAAAGGGCCUAUUACAUGUCCAAGAUGCAUUUCAGGUGCGUCAAUUCGGAUGUAUUGCACGAACAAGCUACAAGUUAUGUGAGAGGUAUACAGUGGAUCUUAAACUACUACUAUAAUGGCAUUUGCUCAUGGUCAUGGUUUUAUCCUUACCAUUAUUCUCCAUAUAUCUCAGAUAUCAAAGACUUUGCAGACAUGGAGAUGAAAUUUGAGAUGGGCAAACCAUUUUUGCCCUAUGAACAACUGCUGGCUGUUUUGCCACCCUUAAGCAGAAAGCUUUUGUCCCAUGCAUAUCAGGGACUCAUGACGAAUGAAGACUCACCACUCAAGGAAUUUUACCCAGUUUCUUUUAAAACAGAUUUAAAUGGAAAACAACAGGAUUGGGAAGCUGUUGUACUUAUACCUUUCAUUGAUGAAAAAAGGCUUUUGGAAGCCAUGAAGCCGUGUAAUGAACAUCUUACAACUGAAGAGAGGUCUCGUAAUACUCAUGGUCCAAUGUUUAUCUACCGCUACAGCCCUGAUAAUUUGGGAGAAUAUAAGAGUCCAAAGUAUUUUCCACCUGUUGGGAUCAACCAUGCUUCUGUAAGCUUGGUGCGGCGAGAAGAAUGGGAACUGUUGCCAGAAAAGAUAUACAAAGGCUUGUGUAAAGGGGUCAAACAAAAUGUUUAUUUUGCUGGUUUUCCUUCAUUACGCCAUAUUGAUCAUAAGUUUCACAUUGCUAAGGAAGGGGUGAAAGUGUUUCAACAGAACAGUCGAGGAGAGAACUUCAUCCUUGAUAUUACUGAAACGAAGGAUAAGCCUGACCUCAAAGACCUGGCUCAUCUGUUACUAGGAAAAGCUGUCUUUGUAUCCUGGCCCCACCUCCUGGAAGCUAAGGUAGAAGCAGUAAGUGACAACCAAGAACGUUACUCACUACUUGGAGGGACAGUGCAAAGACAAAUAGUUGAAGGUCGUAUGAAGGAAGAGUUUUCCUCGUCAAAGAACCACAUAAUCUCCCAUUAUCAUGACCGCUGGGGUGUUGAAAUUGGGAACACUGAAAUUCUAGUUUAUGCAGCACCAAUGACUGGAAGAAAAUAUGUGCCAACCUCAAGUGGAAGAAUGUCACUAGAGAAAGAAUGGUCUAAAAUAGUUCAAGCAUAUGCGCAUCAGGUAGUUGUCAGGGAUAUUGUUGCUCAUGAUCCUGGUUACAAGCAGCAUCUCACACCUCAAGAAUAUUUUCCUAAGCGCACCAAGGUCUUCAUGCUUGGGCAACCUCACUAUGGAUGUAUGGGAGAGGUUAUUGAGAUUGACCCUAAUCAUAAAGGUAGAAUAAGAGUGGCUAUGACUGUGACAUCGGAGCCAAAUUUUGACGUUGUCAAACAAAAGCAAAGUCUGCUACAGGACAGGUAUAUGGGAGGUUACUUUGCUGCCCAGAAGGUUGGUAUAUCGUCUCACCUGCUAGCUCGCAUUACGGGUACAGUGUUUCUAGUCCCUCCUUCUGGACCUAAUAAUCCUAUGGCUGAUGUAGAAAUGAAGAACAAGCUGAAUAUAGGACUCAAUCUCAAAAGUAACAAAAGAAAUGAAGAGGUUUGUGGUUACAGUCGCAAGGCUCUGGACCCUUAUGAAAAACCUUCAUGGUUGUACUCUGAUCAGGUGGUCGAAUCUCUUCUGGAAUAUCAAAAGAAUUUUCCAGAAAUAUUUGAACAUUUAUCUUCAAAUGAUGGACAGAAGGACAUAUUUUAUCAAGAUCAAGUUUUUGGAGUAAAUUACAAGGAGCGUGUUGCACAACUUACUGACUGGUUAAAGAAUGCAAACUUUGCCAAAGCCGAGCGCCAGCCUUGUGGAACACAGUCCCUGGGAGAGGCCAUAGUGUCACGUCUUGUGGAAGAAAUUGACAAAGUAUCUACUAUAAGGGCCAGGAUUGUAAAAAUGCAAGUGCGGCCACAUUUACUUUAUAAGCCCAACCCACUGCAGGGCAGUAGUCCUCCAGAUCACACAGUCACCUAUAAGAUGUUUGACAGAGUAAUCAAUGUGCGAGAAGGGUUUUCUGUUCCUAUUGGUGCAAAAGGAACUGUUAUGGGAAUCCAACCAGCUGACAAGGAGGCCGAUAUCUUGUAUGAUAUUCUCUUUGAUGAAGCUUUUCCUGGAGGACUUACUCUUCGAGGCCCCACCUCAGCACAGCGUUGCUACCGCUUACACUGGGCAGCCAUGAUUAAUAUUUCCCAUGGUAGUCGAUUACCAACUGGAACAAAUAACCACAGAGUUGGCUCAGGUUCAUCCUGUCAUCAGGUUCCUGAGGAUGCUCACACUUCCAAGGCCCAAAGAACGAGAAAGCUAAACAAUUACGAUAGCCCACAGCCUCCUGACCCAAAUCAGUUACCAAGUCCUUCUGGUCUUAGAAUGAACUGUCACACUGGCAAUCAUUAUCCUGGUGUUGCAAAUGGUGACAUAACUGGCAUGAAGAGCCAAUCUCCUAGACACAAUGAGGUACAACUGAGUCACUGAUGCUGGAACUGAUAAUGCAUCUCUAUUGCAACAUACAAAAGGAUUCAUUUGCUUCACUUGCUUCAAGCUAGGAAAAUUAGUGUUCUUAUGUUUUUCCAUUAAAUUAUAAGUUAUAGAUUAACAGAUUUUAAGCUUGAAUUCAGUUUCAUAUACAGUGGAUCCUCGAAUUUCAUCAUCCCUUUUCUGUAUGUAAAACUAUAGUUAUUCUCUAUAAAAUGUAUUUUUUGUUAAUAUUUCCCAUAAGAAAUAAUGUGAAUCCAAUUAAUCCAUUCCAGACACCCAAAAAUAUAUAAAAAAAAAUACAUUUUAUAGAUAAUAACUAUAGUUUUACAUAAAGAAAAGGGAUGAUGAAAUUCAAGGGUCCACUGUAAUUAAAUGUAAUAUAAAUAUAUUUGUAAUAUUUCUUGUUUUGUUAUUUUUGUAUCUGCCCACAUGAACCAUUGCAUAUAGUAAGGCAAACACAACAUCUGAACUUUGGUAAAACAUUCAUUAAAAUAAAAUAAUAGGAAUGUUGUGCAAAUGAUAAAAAGAUGAUUGUGGAUGUUAUGAAUGAGAAGAAGCUGGAUAUCCUGGCUUUAAGUGAAACAAAUCUGAAGGGGGUGGGAGAGUUUCAGUGGAGAGGAAUAAAUGGGAUUAGGUCAGGGGUUUCAAAUAGAGUUAGAGCUAAAGAAGGAGUAGCAAUAAUGUUGAAGGAUAAGUUAUGGCAGGAAAAGAGGGACUAUAAAUAUAUUAAUUCAAGGAUUAUGUGGAGUAAAAUAAAGACUGGAUGUGAAUAGUGGGUUAUAGUAAGCGUAUAUGCACCUGGAGAAGAGAGAAGUGUAGAGGAGAGAGAGAUUUUGGGAAAUGUUGAGUGAAUGCGUGGGGAGUUUUGAACCAAGUGUGAGAGUAAUGGUGGUUGGGGAUUUCAAUGCUAAAGUGGGCAAAAAUGUUGUGGAGGGAGUAGUAGGUAAAUUUGGGGUGCCAGGGGUAAAUGAAAAUGGGGAGCCUUUAAUUGAGGUAGGGAAGAACUUGUUUGAUACUCAAACGGAUCUGCACUCGAACAGCCUUCGAGUGCUGUAUGUAUAUUAUUUAUUUAUUGAAAAGACUUGGGGAACCCUAUUAGCCAGACUUGAGUUUUAUAGUGGGAAUUAAAGUACCUACACUCUGAAGGAUGGGUGGGGAUAUUUGUAGUUUGGAGGGGUAUCUGAACUAUGUUAUUGGCAUGCCUCUGGCAAGACAGUGAUUGAGUGAAUUAUGGUGGCAGUGUUUCUUUUUCAGUUCACUCUGCCUUGGUGGGAGACAGUCAGUAUGUUGAAAAUGAUGCAUAUAUUUAUUUAUAUAUUUCCAUUCAUGUCGUAAGAGGCAACUAAAAUGCCAGGAGCAAGGGGCUAGUAACCACUUCUCCUGUAUACAUUACAAAAUUUAAAAAGAGAAACUUUCGUUUUUCUUUUUGGGCCUCCCUGCCUUGGAGGGAUAUGGCUGAUUUGUUGAAAGAUUUAUUUAUGUAUUUGAAUAUUUAUGUGUAGGGUUAAGGUGGUUUGAGCAUGUAGAAAGGAUGGUAAGGAAUGGAUGUCAAAAAAAGGUUGUAUAAUUAUGGCGUGGAAGGUAGGAGGGGAAGGGAUCAUCCCAGGAACAGUUGGAGGGAGGUAAAAGAGGCUGAGCUUUAGGGGUUUGAGUAUCCAGCAGGCUUGUGCAAGUAUGUUAAGCAGGAAUGAAUGGAGACUAGUAGUUUAUAAUGUAUGUGUUGUUGUAGUGUGAGCAAAGUUACAUUUAUGAAGGGAUUCAUCAAAACUGGUUAGCUGGACUUGAAUCCCAGGGGCAGGAGGGCAGUGCCUGCCCUCUGCAGGAGGGGUGGAGAUGUUGCAGCCAGAGGGUGAGCUGAGGGUGAUAGUGAAUAAAUGAUGGUGACUAUUUUCUCUGGGUCAUCCUACCUUGAUGGGAGAUGGCUAUUGGGUUAAAAAAUAUUUCCAUAAAUGGUAUUUAGAGUAUUUUUUAUUAAAGUUUAAAGGUUGAGUUUGCCCUUUCUAUCCAGCAACACCUUGUAUUCAUUAUGCCUUUUCUCAGUGCAUAGAUUGGUAUUUGUGUAGCUGAGAUCUUCUGUGCUGCCUUAGAAUGCUUUUCUUUUCAUGUUGAUAUUCACUAUUUAUUACUUUAGAGUAUUGAAGCUCAUGAGUUACUCUUCCUGAAAGCAGCACUUCUUUGUUGUGACCGAUGAGAUAUGAAGGUGAGAUCAAAUGAAUGCUCGUAUUGCUCCAAUUUUGCAGUUCCCACACUGUACUCGUAUGUAAUUAAAGAAGGCAUAACUAAGAUAGUUUCACUUAAUGAAAAAUUGUCUUAGGGUUUUUGAAUUUCAAGAUAUGCAGUACAAAUCAUCUGCCCUAAGAAAUGGAGGCAAUGCAGUAUAGCUAAAUUUGGCUGCAUUCAAGUGAUUGUAAUUUAAUACCAUUUGUCAGAAAUUGUGUUAGUUGCCCAUAAUUCGUUUUCAACUGGCACAAAUGUAACAGAUAUUUUCUGUCAUAGUAGAUAUAUCUAACAUCCAUAACACACUAGGCUUAUUAACGGCUAAAACCUGAUGAUAGCUUAUGUUAGAUGAGACAUCAUGUAAUCUGCCUUUGGGUUUUUUAAAAUAAAACUAAAAGCUGAGCAGCUCUUAUGGUAAGUUAAACCUACCUGACUUCACACACAAGUUAGAAACAUGUUCAUAUCUGAAAAUCAAGAAAUAAUGUACUAUCAGGCCCAGUCCUCCUGGUUAGAAGCUGCACAUACUGCCGAUCACACCAUGCAGGCAACUAUAUUGAAAUAAAUAAAAUGUAGAUUAUUGAAUAUACUAUGAGUACACUUAAAUAGGGGGCAUUUUGUAAAAUAUUGUUUGGUGUACCAAUUUUAUCCCACCACAAUUGGUGGGAUAAACUACUGAUCAUAACCUAUUCAGGUUAUGAUCAGUAGUGUGCAUGUCUUGCAAACAGGAGGACUGGGUUUAAUCCUGCAGGAAUUCUUGAUUGAUUUUUCAGAAUUAUGUAUUCGCAACAGUGUGAUAUUUGUUUUAGAUAGAAAUGAAAAGGAUUAUGGCUCAUGUUAGGAGAGGCACCAGUAUGAAAACUGCUUUCAGUAUCUUGACCCAUUUGUGGUAUGAUUGAUAAUAUGUGCACUUUGAAGCCAGGAGAACAGGUUUGUUUGCAGGAGACUUCUUCAUUUUCUGUGAGUUACUUAUACAGCAUACUAAAUUUUCAACAUAGUUUUUAUAUUUAUUACACUUCUGUACUAGCCAGAUUACAGAAUUAUGUUAGGUUAGAUAAUUUCGUCAUGUAAAUUAAUCACAUGGAGAAAUGCCAUAUACAGGUACAUGUAGCAAGAGUUGUGCUAUUUGAGGAAGUGGAGACAGUAUGGAAAUUGGAGCAAGUGCUAUGUAGGUUCCAAAUGUGUAGUGACAAGUUACUUCAAUGUAUUUUAUAAGGAAAGGAUAAUUUUGUUUGUCAUAAAAAAUGAGUAAUCUCCUGCUAAUCAGGGCUUAGUCAUAUGCAGAUCUACAUAAUGAAACUUUUGAUCAUUUGGCUAAAGCUUUCCAUAAACAUUGGCUUAUCAGCCCACCCCUUGAAAAAUUUAGUAUCACGUCCUAAGAUGUGUAUAAUAUGGUUUAGAGGAAUCACAUAAUUCAGAGCAUAUAGGGAUGUAACAGAUGAAUUUAAGGAAAAUAUAACUGUGAUAAUGCAUUGAAGAAUAUAAAUUAAUGUUCUUUAUAAUUAUUAUUAGUUUGAAUGUUUUUGACAGUAAAAAAAGAUGUACAAAGAUCUUUGUUUGUAUUACACUGUGUGUUUACUAACAGUCAAAUAACCAGGUACAUUAUGAUGAACAGUAUCUAUUUAAGUUACUCUGAUUUACACUUCCUUGAUAUAACUGUAUUAAAAGUAUCAAACAUUUUCACUCACCUUUUGUAAGAACAUUUAUUAAGAAAUGGAUUAAAUGGAAGAAUUUCCGUCCUGUGAUCAAUUUGCACCUGAAACAGAUACAUACUGCCAUGUCACUUUUAACCUAGAGAACUAAUUUUCUAUCUAAUAUAUGUAUAACAGAUAGAGAUAAUUAGGCAUAAUAUUUUUGCUUCAUAUUUAAUAUUUCCCUAUUAUAAAAUUUUCCCAGAGAACUAGGUUUUUUAUGACAGUAUUACACUAUUUGUGUACAGUACCUAUUAAAAAUGGUAGAAUGUAUAUUUUAUUGUGUAUGUUCAUGGUACACUUGACACUCAUUUAUUGAUAUCUAGUCCUCACUCUUUGGUCAGAUUAUUUUUUUAGAUCAGUGAAAAAGGCUGAUCAUAUUUCUUGAUGAAGCAUGUUAAUAGUGUGUAUAAUAAAACAUGAUUUUGAAUA